AUGGAGAAUUCUGCAUAUCCAAAUCUACAGGAUGAUAGAAUGAGAGAACUUUAUGAAGCAUCAUCAAAUGGAUGUGUAAGUACCUUAAACACACUGAUCCAAAGGGACCCACUUAUUCUGAGCAGAGUUUCACUCUUUCCCUUCAUUGAAACCCCAUUACACAUAGCCUCUUCGCUUGGACAUUUGGAGUUCUGUCAGGUUCUUCGUGACAUAAAGCCCAGUUUAGCAAGUGAAGAGAACUCAGAAGGACGUUGCCCUCUUCAUUUGGCUUCUGCUGAAGGGCACACUGAGAUAGUGAAAGCUCUGUUGCUGACAAAUCCAGAAGCUUGUUUGAUCAGGGACAAAGAUGACAAGCUUCCUCUCCACUAUGCUGCAAUGAGAGGACGCAUAGGAACCAUUAAGGAGUUGAUAAGAGUGAGACCAGAUUCCAUUCGGGAGAUAACAGAGAAUGAUGAUGGUUCUAUUCUACACUUAUGCGUUCGGCAUAACCAUCUAGAGGCCUUGAAACUCUUAGUGGAAUCAGUUAGAGGAGACAAUCAAUUCCUAUCUACCAAAGACGGAGAGGAUAACACUGUUCUUCAUUUAGCAGUGAAACGCAGACAAAUUAAGGUUAUCAAAUACUUGCUUUCACUAUCUGCAAUGAAUAGUUUGAAUGGGGAGGGUUUAACAUCUUUGGACAUGUUGGGAAGCUCCCCAAGAGAUUCAAUUAGCCUUAAAAUUGAACAUAUUUUAACAGAAGCAGGGGUUCAAGGGUCUGCACAACAACCAUUGCCGAACUCUGCACCAAGCAAUCAACCUCAACAACCCAAUAGAUGGGACAAGUUAGAGAACUUCUGCACAAGGUAUCUGAUAAGCAAAGGUAAUUGGAUACAUGAAAAGACACGUGAAUAUUUGAUGGUGGCGGCCACCGUGAUUGCCACCAUGACUUUUCAGCCAGUGAUUAGUCCACCGGGUGGUGUUUGGGCAGCUGAUACAACAAGCGAUAGUUACUCGUGCAUUGAAUAUGGUUUCUGUGAAGCUGGCACUGCUGUUGUUGGUUAUGCUUGGUCCCCUGACUUUCUAAAAUUCAUAUUCCUCAACUCAGCUUCUUUCUUUUCGUCUCUCUGUGUUUUGCUGAUUCUGAUUAGCGGGUUUCCGCUUGAUAAUAAGGUCAUAGUGUGGAUAUUGGCCGUUUUAAUGAUAGCUGCAGUCACGUGCAUGCUCUUGACAUACAUGUGGGCAUUGGGACUGGUGUGCCCUAAUCAUAUAUAUUAUAGAAUUCGUGGUCUGGGUUAUAUUUUGAUUGGGACAUGGUCAUUCUUACUUCUUCUUGUUUUUUUGAUUCAAACAUCUCGAAUAUUCUUCUGGGCAAGGUCACGGCGGCGACGGUCCUCAAAAAAUGCUCCAGUGCUGAGUCAGAUUUAG